AUGUUUACCCUGGACCAAACAGAGUGCAGGGCAAUAACAUCCCCUCUAUCCCUCUCCCUCUUCCUUGCCUCCCAAGUAACCUCCUUCUCUCAUCUCUGCCUCCACCGUCACCGCCCUAGCCCUGUUGCAACCCGAAAAGCUCUUCUCGAUCAUCCAAUCCGAUCCACGGUCCACUUAUCGUCUCGUGCUCGCUUCACACAGACUCCCCUCAGAGUCACUCACAUUGACAGGCUCAGAAAAAUCACUGCAUGUUCUGGCCACAGCUCGGCCCCGGUCCCGGACCGUCUGAUCAGCGCUGCACUUUAUUCCUUAACUUUCUUAAGCGGCAUUCGAUAUGGAAACCACCGCAUUCCUCCAACUCUGUACCCUCAAAUCUACUAUCAGUAUAACUCUAAUUUUCUCAUACGUUUUGUUUCCUUUUUUGUUGUUCUGCAGUUUGUUGUUCGAAACCCUAAGUUGAGCAAGUACGUUCGGAUCAAUGCAUUGCAAACUAUACUUCUUGAUAUUAUUUUGCAGAUGCCUGUUGGCAUCCUGCAGGCGCUUGUUCUCCCGGUUUGGCCUGCUGGGAUGAGAAUUGGUCUCGAUUUCGUGUUCAUAGGGGUUGUGUUUGGGAUUAUUUAUAUUAUGGUGAAUACUAUUUUGGGAAAGACGCCUGAAUUUCCUCUGCUUACUGACACUGCUGGGAUACAUCUCCGAGGAAUGUAG